AUCGAUAGCUGCUAAGCAACCUGUGUGCAGCGGCUGGUAAACAAAUAUUGUUGAAAAUUUAUACAACGAAAACAGGCGUCCCGCGACAAAACCAAUGACGACGGAUGUCAAGCAGGUGUUAGCAAACUACUUGUGUAGCCAAGAGUAACACAAAACAGCCACUAGGGAAACUGCAGCUGUUUAUUUAUAGUAACAUAAUAACAACAACAAUAAAAAAACCACCAACCACCCCCAGUUGUGAGCUGUGUGAGUAGGCGUCGCAUAAUUGGCAGAAACCGCAAGUGCAAGGAUACGCGAUUUACAGUUACAGUUACAGUUGUUGUUGUCGUCACAGGCCUAUCGUCCCGUCAGAGUCAAGAUUUUAGAAACAAUAACAAAAUGGAGCAAAGCGUAACUGCUUCUAACAUUGCCACGGCUUCCACACCAGCGCCAGGCCCAACGACAGCGGCAAAUUCAAAACGCGGCACGCAGCAGGGACGCAAAAAGUCUGGACCGAAAUUUGAGUUAUCCGAGGCACAAAAAUCGGACAUCAAGGAGGCAUUUGAUCUAUUCGAUAACGAGUGCACCGGCUACAUUGAGGUCAAGGAACUGAAGGUUGCCAUUCGUGCGCUGGGCUUUGAGCCAAAGAAGGAGGAAAUCAAACGGAUGAUAGCGGAAAUCGAUAAGGACGGCAGCGGACGGAUUGCGUUCAAUGACUUUCUACACCUGAUGACAAUGAAAAUGGCCGAAAAAGAUACCAAAGAGGAGAUUUUGAAGGCGUUCCGCUUGUUCGAUGACGACGAAACGGGUAAAAUUUCGUUUAAAAAUUUAAAGCGCGUUGCACGCGAACUUGGUGAAACCCUGACGGACGAGGAGUUGCGCGAGAUGAUUGAUGAGGCGGACCUGGACAACGAUGGCGAAGUCAAUCAGGAGGAGUUCCUGCGUAUUAUGAAGAAAACCAGCUUGUAUUAAUCAAUUAUAUAAUGGAUUCCAAUUGAAUUCAUAGUGUUAAGCUGCAUUCACAUUCACAUUGUCUAAUUUAAACCGUUAUUUAAUAAGUUUAAGUUUAAGCUUUUGUGUAGCUAAUUUCUAUUGCCAAGUUAUUGCUACAUUUGCUCAACUUGAGCUGCUUUUUAUGUAAGUGUUAAGUGUGUUCCUUUCCAUAAUUGUAAAACAUAAGCUAAUGCACCGCCUGAAUGUUCGCACAGUUAUAAUCUCAAUGAUGAAUAAAACAUCAGCUAUUUAACGUUGUCAAUUA